CCCAGAUUCCCCUGUUCAUCCCGAGUCGGGCGGAGUCCAUGCGCACGGGAUAUCAAGGAUUUUUUACACGUCCUAGUGGCUAGAUUUUUAGCUUUAAACGGUUUCCAGAGCAGGUUAUUAACUCAAUUUAAUCCUGCCCGAGAUGACAACGACGACCACUUUUCAAGGAAUGGAUCCUAGCGCAAAAAAUAGCUCCAGGGUUCUGCGGCCUCCCGGCGGAACCUCCAACAUUUGCUUCGGCACAGAUGAGGAAAGGCCGGUGCGCAAGAACAGAAUGGCCUCCAACAUCUUCGCCGAGCCUGAUGACCCCCACGCCCAUCGGAGGAACAACCCUCCCGGAGGUGAAGCGACCGGAGUGUUGUGUGGCGAACACUCUGCCCCGUUGAGGCGGUGCCACCAGCCGCCAAUCUACCAAAACAACUCUGAACACCCGGCCAAACUCACGGAGGAAAACCACGAGCAAGUAAAUCAUGAUCAGUCAGAGGAAACCGAAGCCCCCGAGGAAGAGCCUCAACAGCAGCAGAAGGAGGAGGAGCAGAAACAUCCCUCUGGUGCCUCCUCUGGCCGAAGAAACCCUCCUGGUGGAAAAUCCAGCCUCAUUCUGGGCUGAGCGCGCUCACUGAACUCUCUCUUCUCUUCUCUCUCUCUCUCUCUCUCUCUCUCUCUCUCUUUCUUUUUUAAAGAUUCACUCUCUCUUCACUCUCAUCAUGUGAGCCAUGGGAUGACUUUUUUUUCUUUUCUUUUCCUUUUUGUCCACUACCACAUGUCUGUAUUAUUGUUUUUCUAUCGCAAAAAAAAAGAAAAGAAAAUGAAAGAAAAGCUGGUUGGCAGAAGCACUUUAUGUAAAAGCUCCAUUUCAGCCCAUCAUGAAGAGCGCAGGCCGUGCAGGGGGGACGCAUGGAAGGCAAAGCAAGGAAAAGAUUCGUCGCGCUAAAUUUCUAAAUACAAAUAAAGAUUGAUAUGAAUUUCA